AAACUGUUAAAGUUGUAUGUAAUCGAAUCGAGCACUGUUUUGCAUGACGACUACGGUCUUGUUUUUAAUUAUUUAUAUAUCAAGUGCGGGUGUUGUUUAUUGUGCUGCUAAAAUAACGACGCGAGACAAGUAAAAUUUGGCGAAUCGUUCGUUUUAGUGCGAAUGACGCGCGAGGCGGCGCUGCAACAAAACCAAAUGCACAAGGCACAAGAAAAAAUUGCCAGCUGCUUGUUUGAUUGUGAACAGUGAUUUUCUUGAGGGCGCACAUAAUAUGAAUGAUAAGAGCUAAUUAUAACGAAUAUCUAUCAAAAACCAUAAAAAAUUAUGACUAAUGCUGACGAAAAUUUAACAAGAAACCCAAUGCCAAAAGUGCUUGUAUAACUAACGCGCUCGUUAGCACAAAUACCAGUUUUCCAAUAAGAAUCAUAUACAUAGAAUAAGAAAAAGAAAAAAUCAAGUGCUCCUAUUGUGCCUCUUCAUCUCGAUUCCAAUUAAUGCAAUAAUGUGCUGCUGAGUGAGAUUAUUAUCAUUAUUGCUGUUCAUCGUGUAGUUGUUGUUAUUGGAUCGCUACUGUAGCGAGAUUUAUUACAUUCCAACCGCCUUUGCUGCCUCUGCUGACGUCGCAAAAUGGUCUCGUUGAUAAAAAACCAAUUGCUCAAACAUUUGUCCAUCUAUACAAAAAAUCUCUCAUCAGACAAAAUCAAUUUGAGCACAUUCCGUGGCGAGGGUGAGCUAUCCAAUCUGGAACUGGAUGAACGUGUUCUCACCGAGCUGCUGGAGUUGCCCAGUUGGUUGCGUUUGACGUCCGCGUGGUGCAAUCAUGUCUCCUUUCGCAUUAGCUGGACAAAGCUCAAGAGUGUGCCCAUAACGCUGACACUUGAUGAGGUGCGCAUCACCAUCGAGACCUGCAAUCCCACAGCUCGCGAUGCGGGGGGAGGAAAUUCAACGUCUGCGGCUGCCUUGCCACAAGUGCCUCAGGGUAAAUACAGCUUCAUACACAAAGUGGUCGAUGGCAUCACCAUUGUGGUGAAUACGGUCAACGUCAAUUUUGUCAGCGCCGCCUUCACAGCCUCUGUGCAAAUGUCCCGCAUUCGUGUCGAAUCCAAGAAUCCAAAAUGGGCCAGCGCUGAUUUGCGUUCCACACGUCUUAAGGAUGGACAUAAGGGUAUCAUACUGAUCUUCAAGGAGCUCUCCUGGCAAACGGUACGCAUCGAGGCUAGCUCCACGCAGGACAAGUCCUUAACGCCGCUGCGUCUGCUCACGAAUCAUGCGCGCUGUCGGAUUACGAUCAGAAAACGUUUAGCAGACUGCAGUUUGUUGGCUUCACGAUUGGUGCUUAUAUUGGAUGAUCUGCUGUGGGUGUUGACGGACUCGCAGCUGAAAGCAGCCUUGCACUUUGUGGACUCGCUGUCGGGACUCAUUAAGGCCGCCACACAUGCUACGCAAAAGUCAAAGGCGGCACGCAAGUUGCAGACGCUCCCCGAGUACCAGGCGCAGGUUGCCCAGCAGCAGAAUCGUCUCUCGGAAUCGGUUAACACAUCAACCGCUCAGCGAAUGUUCAAUGCAUUCGAUGUGCGCGAGACUUCGUAUCAUUUCUUCAGCCAGCGCAUCGAUCUGCACUUGUGUGACGACGAGGGCGAUGGACGCUCCAGUUAUCCGGAGCUGGACAAGGGCGGCGCCUUGCAGGUGUCGGUUACAGCCUUUCAGGUUGACUAUUAUCCCUAUCAUUUGGCCAAAUCGGAUCGCUCACAUUGGGCUAAAUACAAGGAGGCGUCGGUGGCGCCAGCAUUGUGGCUCAAGGAAUCCUUGAAUGCUUUUCGGGAGGCUGUACUCAAUCUGAGCCAACCCAAUCGACCCGCAAUGCAUGCGCCGCUGGAACGCAGUGCUCCAGCCUCGCCGAUCAUGCUGAAUGCUUCGCUGUUGAGCUCUCACUUUGGCAACGGUGGCACUGGCUCCAAUGGUAGUAGCACUCCGACUGCAGCUGGCGUAGCAGCAUCAGUUUUGGGUGGUUCUGGCUCAGGAGGCUCAGGAAAUGCUUCGGCUAGCAGUCAAUUCUCGCAGGCAGCGCAACAGCGGAAUACCUUAGAGAAUCUGGCCAAGUUGAUGAGUUCGUGUGUAAUUCUGCGCAUCGAGGAUUUCACCUUGUAUCGUGUGACGACGUCGGGUAAAAAGCAAAUGCCCAAGGAGUUUGUUUCAGCACAACACAAAAGGAAAAGCCGUUCCUCAGGUGACAAGGAUCGCUAUUCGUUUCCCGCCGAGAUGCCAAUUGUGCACGCCGAAUAUACGUAUUUCUACUAUCCCGGUGAUUUUGUAUUUCCACUGCCGCCUUCGAAGAUGUUUGUGCACAUCAAUCCGUUGCAAGUGCACUUUGAUCUCAGCUCGAUAUUGUGGUUGAAUUCCUUUGGCUUGAAUUUGCACGAGAGUUUGCUGCGCACCAGCGUCGGCUCCCAGGCCACACUGCAGCCGCAACAACAGUCGCAGAGUACGCGCGGCUCGAUUGCCUCAUCAAUUGCCUCGAAUGGCUCCAAUGGCACACAGAUGGCCGCUGCGUUGAGCGUGGAACAGGAGCCAAAUCUGAUGUACAUGGAUGUCAAGGUGGAGGCGAUUAUGCCGCGCGUGGUCAUGGAAGCGGCGCUGGAUGCGCCAAAUCAAAAGGAUCGACCCAAAACAAUGCAGAUACAGAUCUCACGUUUCGCCCUCACCAACAUACGUGAAAUGGGCAGUUCACGAGCGGAUUUAGCACAGGCCUUGCACUCCCUACAAGAGGGAUCUCUCGUCUUUGGCAGCGGAUUUCCAUCGGUGGAUGGGGAUAUGUGUAUUGUCACGGAUCGCAUACUAUCGCAUGUGGCUGCCUCGGAUGUGAGCAUGAUGCCAACAGCAGCAGCAGGAGCAACAGGAGCAGCACCCAUGUCGCCGCAAGCACAGCUGCCACGAUCUGCAUCCACGCAGUACCUGUCACGCUAUGCCAUGUGGUCGGAGCCGCGCGAUGUGUGGUGCAUUAAACUGGAUCCCAUUUGGGUGGAUUUUCUGGGCGCACGCUCCUUGGGCCCGAACAAAUCUAUACCAUUUGUGGAUGCAGUGCCCAUAACGCUCUGGCUGCAUGCCGGCCAAGCUCAGGCACAAGCCCAGCUGGAGCUGGAGCAGCGACGCCAGAGUGCGGCGAGUUCGCAAAUGGAAAGCAUGGGAUUGGCACCGUUGCCAUCGCUGCCGCCACUGCCACGCAAUCCAUUUCUCAGCGAGGAAGAUGUGCGUAUGCCGCAAGCAGCUGCAGCUGCCACAAAAGAAGCGCCUGUGGAGCGCUGUGCGGAUAUGCAUGCAAUUGCGCAUAUUUCGAAUUUGGUUAGCCUGCAAAUCGAUCACUAUCAAUUGCUGUUUCUGCUGCGUCUCGCCGAGGAAUUCAAUGAAAUGUCCACGUUUCUUAAUCUGGAUGCCGAGCGCAUAUUGCAAAAGCAAAAUCAACAGAAAUCCAUAAUAUUUGGGUGUGUGGUGCCACAGAUCGAGGUGACCCUGGUGAUGCCAUCGCCAACACCUGGUAAGGAAUCAAGUGGUGGUGAUGCUGAAAGUGUCUUACCCGAUUCAGCUAGUUUGGGUGAUGAUUUACACAUGAAUAGCGGCAAUAUAACUUGGCCAACACCACCGCCAUUGGAUCAGCUGAAGAGCAAUACGUUUGGCAGCGUUGAGACGCCCUCGCCAGUGACCAAUGAACCGCCUUUUGACAGUGGCAUACACAUAUCCAAUCCGAAUACACAUGGAUAUAAUGUGCAGAUACAGAGCACUCCAACGUUGGCUUCCUCAACGCCAAGUCAGGGUUCACGACCCGACACUGGCAUCUCUAUGCAAUCACAAUCCCAAUCGACAUCGACAACUACAGCCCCGAAGAGCGUAAAGAACACAACGAUACGUUCAAGCGGCGGCAACGAUGCAGUGCCCAGCAUCACCAAGGAAAUCAAUUCGGGUUUGCUGUCGAUGAAGAAGGGCUUCUCCAGUUUUAUGACUUCCAUUGACUCGGCCAUCAAGUCGGGUACGCCCAACGAUGAUGUCAGCGACACGUUCUCGGUGCAGAGCGACAUUAGUUCCGAUUCGGAGAAUUUCGCCAUUGUCAUGGGCGAUGACAAGACCAUGGACUGCAUGGAUGUGAUGUUCCGCCUCAAUCCAUUCACCAAUGACAGCAAUAUGAAGGCCUCGCCCGUCGAAGUGGCCAGCGAGGUGUACGAAGAGCCCAGCAGCUAUAAGACAAACAUGUCCUCGCCCUCGGAACCCUCAGAAGGCAGCACGUGGCGACGACGCGAUCUUGUGUCCAUGGCCACCUUUAGGCUGACAACAGUGGAGGUGAUACGUCAGCAGGAGGGAUCCAAGUCCUCGGUGCGUUUGCAGGUGGCUGCUGUGUCCUGUGAUGAAUGCGGCGCCAUUCCCUGGGAUGAGUUGCAGAUCGCGCAUCAAGCGAACAAGACCAAGUUUGGGGCUCGCUGCAAAGCCUGGAACCUGGCGCCAUACAAUCCAGAAGCGCCGCCCUGCAUUCGACUGCGCCUUGAGGAAACCUUAAACAUGCCCAAGGAAAUUGAAGGCAUCAUCGAUCGCAAGCGCAUACAAAGUUGGUUUACGCACCAUGCGGAGAUACGCGUCAAGGACAUUAGUCUGGACUUGUCGAUGAGCACAGUGAUUGGCCUGGGUGACUUGGCGGAGGAUGAGAUCAUUUCCCCGCCUAUGCCUGUGACGAUUAAUCUGGAGAAUGUUCGCAUCAAUUUGCUGGAGGAUCGACCGCCUGUUAAUAUUACCUCACCGGGUCCAGUGCCCAUAAAUCUGUGCAUUGGCCGCAUGCAUUUAGAGCGUGACAAGAAUGGUCAACUGCAAAUACAGCCAAUAGAUACAAACUUGAGCGCUGAUCAACAGCAAUCGCUGGGAGCCAGCGGCUUGUUUGGUGCACCGCGUGAACGAGAUCGCGAGCUGCUUUCUAUGCAACUGGUUAUGCAGCAAAUGAAGCUGGACAAUGAGCAGCUGCGCAAGCAGCUUGUCGACUCCAAAGUCAACACUGACAAUUACAGGCACAAGACCAAGCAGGAAACGGAGGUGUUGCGUUCGUAUUUGAAGGCAGCACAGGAUGAUAUUAGCAUAUUGCUGGAGGAGAAGAAAGCUUUGUUGGACACCAUUCGCUCAAUGCAGCUGCAACUGACCUCAUCGAGUAUGAGCCGUAAAAGCGAUGGCAACAGGUAGCACAACUGCAUGGACUGCAUACAAUGCUGCGGCGAAAACAACAAUGCCUAAGGUCACGUGUGCAUCCCAGGAAUAAAGGAGAAAGGAGAAAAUGAAGAGACGUCCUCAUAAACACAUUUAAUGUCAUUUCGCUUUUAAAUCCAUCAUUGCGUUGAGUUUUAGCAGAAGACUGAGCCGUACUGAACACGGACACUAUUCACGUUGCCGUUCGUCGUCAUAUACUUACAUGCAUAAUUAUAUACAACUAUAUACACUAUACUAAACUAUACUAUAUUCUUAACAAUACUAUAUACAUAUAUUUAUAUUUGUAUUGGUUUUUAUUAUUUAUAAGCUAUAGCUAACUGUUCCAAAGAGAGAAUGUUGUUGAUCAGAAUUGAUUUUAAUUGUUUUAAUAUACGAGCUUUUUUAAUUUUUAUUGCUGCUGCAACUUUUAAAUAUAUAGCACAUUGUUAAAGAAUAGUACAUUGAUUUUGAAACAAAAAGAAAACAAUUGAAUCAAAAUAAAAGUAAAUAUUGUAUAUUGCUACCUGCAUAACUAUAUAACUAUUGAAAUGUAAUUUGACAUUGAUAUUACGCCGAAAACUAAAUGAAACAUUGUAUAUUCUAUAGAGAUAUUGAUAACAUAUUGUUGUGAUUCAUGAUCAUAUCAAAAAUACUGAAUUCUAGUAAUUAUACGUAUUACCUACAUAUUAUUCUAAUUAUUGAUAUUACAACUAUUAAAUGUGUGUGUAUUUGCUGUUGUUAUUCAUGUGCUAACUUAACUAAACAAUUGGCCAAAUUACAAAAAAUUAAACUAUUAACUAACUUUAGCAUUGAGUACUAGCGAGUUAUUAAAAUUUUUGUAUUACAUUAUUGAUUGCAUUCCAAAUAAAAUUGAUUAUCGUUUACUAGCAGUUAACUAUAUAACAAAAAAAUAUGUAUUCAACUCUUAACUAAAUCAAAAAGAAAAUAGAAACAAAAACCAAAAAGGAAAGUAACAUAAAUAUACUUUCAAUUGAACUCAUGUUAAGUAACUCGUAUACAAAUUUUUAAUCGAAAGUUUUCAUAUUUCAAUAUACGACAUAAACAAAAUCAAAAAUAUAUACAAAAAUAUAUAUACAUACAUAUGUAGCUUAAUUUACAAGCUGAUUGUGUAAAUUUAAAAGCCCGAAAAUAUUAACAAAUGUUUGAAAUAGCAAAAACAAAGCUAAAUAUUGAUUGUUAUACAUGCAUUAUUUGAACGUUUUCAUCUGUAGCUAGGUAGAAAUAAAAAACAAAAACAAAAUGAAAGCAAAGGAAAUUGAAAUCGUAUAAAAAUAAACAUCGAUAAAAAUGACAAGUUA